AUGCUUUUUUUAAAGCAUUGGAAUUAUUCUAAUCAAGAUCUUGUCUUGUUGUACUUGAGGUCUCUUUGCACCACAAACCGUUCAUUAACCUUGAAUGAAAGUGCAAAGGUUAUUAUUAAUUCAAAAUCCACUUCUGAGAAAGUAAUUGUGAUAUCUGGCGGAGGGUCGGGACACGAACCAACACAUGCUGGACUCGUAGGGGAUGGCUUGUUAGAUGUCGCAGUUGCAGGUAAUAUAUUUGCAUCGCCUUCAGCUAAACAAAUACUUACUGGGAUUAAAUCAAUCAAAUCUGAAAAAGGUUACCUAUUAAUUGUUAAAAAUUAUACCGGAGAUAUUUUGCAUUUUGGUUUAGCUGCAGAAAGGGCUAAAGCUCUUGGUAUUAAAGUUGUGUUAGUAAUCGUCGCUGAUGAUGUUGCAGUUGGGAGAACAAAAAAUGGAUUGGUAGGCAGGAGAGGACUUGCUGGAACAGUAUUGGUUCAUAAGAUUUCAGGAGCUAAAGCAUCCAUGGGUGCCUCGUUGAUUGAGGUUGCAAAAAUUUCUCAAGAUGUCGCAGAUAAUAUGGUAACUAUUGGUGCGAGCUUGGAGCAUUGUUCUGUUCCUGGUAGAGACGAAGAUGAAAUGGAGAUACUCAAACCAAAUGAAAUUGAGAUAGGUAUGGGAAUUCACAAUGAGCCAGGAGUUAAAAAAUAUUCCAGUAUUCCGAAUAUAGAUGACCUCAUUCAGGAGUUACUUGAGUAUCUAUUAUCUCAAAGUGAUAAAGAGAGGAGUUACGUACCUUUUGUAUCUGAUGAACAAGUCGUAUUGUUAGUUAAUAACCUAGGAGGAACUUCAGUAUUAGAAUUAAAUGUAAUUGGAAGCAUUGUGAUCCAGCAACUUGCUGAGAACUAUUCAAUAUUUCCUGUACGAGUUUACAUUGGUGCAUUUACAACAGCACUAAAUUGCCAAGGAUUUAGUAUUACUCUACUCAAUGCAAGUAGAGCUGGAGGUGAUGAAAUUAUUGAAUUGCUUGAUUCACCUACAAACGCUACAGGAUGGGUCUCUAGCGUGUCUUCUAUCGGAGAAAAUUUCAAGAGAGACUCAGCAAAAGAUAAAUUUGAAAAUGAUACAGAAGAAGUUUCACCCAUCACUUCAUCUGUUACAUUAGAUGCUGGAGUAUUUGAGUUAGUAUUACGUGGAGGUUUGGAAAAAUUGUUAUCUAAGGAGCUGCAAAUUACUCUUUACGAUACUGUCGCAGGUGACGGUGAUUGUGGUGAAACACUAGCAGCAGGUGGACACGCAAUAUUAGAAGCAUUAGAUGACAACUCUAUAGAUCUUUCAGACAUGGUUAGUGCUUUAAACUGUAUUGCCAUGAUCGUUGAAGAACAUAUGGGAGGAACUUCAGGAGGGAUAUAUUCAAUUUUUAUUAGUGCUCUAGCCCAGAGCUACAUGAAUAUGAAUCGCAAAGAAGGUCCUUUUGAAGUUAGCAGAAGAAAUCUUGCAAAAUCCCUUGAAGAAGCCUUGCUGUCUUUGUUUAUAUACACUCAAGCAAGGACUGGGGAUAGGACUUUAGUUGAUGCGUUAGAACCAUUUAUUACUGAAAUUGGAAAGACGCAUGACCUUAAAAAGGCUAAGAAAGCUGCAAUAGAUGGAGCGGAAAGUACUAGAAAAUUAACUGCAAAGUUUGGGAGGGCUUCUUAUGUAUCUGAAAAUGAAUUCAAAAAGUUUGAAAGCGAGGGAGGCUUACCAGAUCCAGGGGCAAUUGGUUUAGCUGCUUUGAUUGAUGGCUUGAUUACAAGUUUUGAAGAAUAUCACUAA